UAACGCUGUUCAAACAUUCCAACGCACAAGAGCGACGCGCAAGUAGCUGGAUGUUUUUCACACUUUACUUGUGCAAAAUAUUAUUAUAUUACCAAGAGGAGAAUAAAUAUCGACGACGCGACAGACGAAAGAAAAGAAAUAUCCUUAGAGAGUGUUAACAUUGUGACAUGUCCAUUCUAGACGAGCGCGAAGAUUAUCUGAAGAAUCCGUACUUCAAGGGACACGAGUACGGUGACUUCACGCCGUUCUACAUCACGAUAGCCCUCUGCGCUAGUUUGGGUGGAGCCCUAUUCAUUCUGAACAUUGUGUUUUGCUGGUGCUCACGACACCGAGAAUAUUGGCAAAAUCGCCACACCGGAAAUAGGUGGAUCCAACCUUUAUGGACUGUAUUGCCGCACAAGACACCACCACUUGAUCUAAGUGAACUAGAACAUGGUCGUAUCAAGUAUCCACAAGUGAGGCACGAAAUCAUCCAGUAUCACGAUUCAGAGACUCAAGGAGCCAUACCAGAACCGCAAGUGUACCUAGAAAUGCAAAAACGCGAGAGUGAGAUCUAAAAUAUUUAACAGCACCAACUAGUGAUCAGUGUGGUAUUGGAAAGCAGUAGUGAGGGAAAUACCCACGCUUCAGAAUACGUAUAAAGUGAAGAGUUUAAUUGACUCCAAUAGAGUCUAAUUAGCCCUUUGCACCCAGUUAAUUCCAUUGUAAAGUCUUUGAUCUAAUUAUCAUUCAUUAAUGCUCUCGCUAUCAGUUUAUUACCAUAGACACAUUGCUCUGCUUUUAUGCACAUAUUAGGAUUAAUUUCUUUAUUUUUUACAAGAUAAACUUAUUAUUAAAGAAUAGCGACUCCUAAAACAUUUGUGGAGUAAGUUAUUUUAAUAGUUGCACUUAGUUGCAAACAACUGAUAAGUAAUCUCAAGCAUCAUAGAUA